AUGUUCACCAAACGUAAACAGCCGGUGAUCGAAGUCAGAGACGAAGAUGUGGAGAAAAGGGUUCGUGAUUUUGAAUUAAUCACAUCGUGCAACGGCAUCAAAGGGAGUGCGCACCUGAACACCGCGUUGGGUGCACUGCUUUCCGGAAGAGUGAGGGCCGCUUACAAUUUGAAUUUGGAAAACAACCAAGCCCUGAACUAUCAGAAUUUGAAAGCUGCAUUGUUGGCAGACUUUUCAAAGGAGGGUGACCGCGAGAAGGCGAUGAACCGGUUUUACGCCGCGGAGUACAUCCGCACUGAGGACCCGUUGGUGCACUACCAGUACAUAAAGCGAAAAAUUUCCCUGGACCUGCCGCAGGCGGAUAACGAAACACGGGAAGGGCUUGCCAAAGACCGUUUCAUACAAAGCAUGCCGGAACAGGUGAAAGGCAAACUGAGACUUGCUGUCGUAGAAUAUUACGAAUCGAUCGUGUUUUAUUUCGGGAUUCGUAUCGGUUUCGGCUACGCGUCACUCAAGUAUCAGGCCGAGGGCGAUCACAUGUCCACGACAAAUAUCCAGGCGUGCUCAUGCACCAUACAAUCCCCGAACUGCAUAGCGACGGUAGUAGUUGCCUACAGAGCACCACUCUCAGAUGAGGAGGAGGAUGGCCAACUGUGCGACUAUCUGGCCAGGUCUAAGGCUCACUCAAGGGUUGUGGUUGGUAAUCUAGUAAAUGCAGACGGUGUCAGCGCAGCCUCCAGCAAGGAGAAGGCUGAAGUUCUAAAGAACUUCUUCGAGAAGGUUCGCUUAACCGACCUGGGAAGGCCGUUGCCUAACCUUCUACGUAGACUCCCCGAACAGCGCAUGGCCCCGUUUGUAUUAGAGGCAAAGGAGGUAGAAGCAGCACUGAAACAAUUAGAUCAGAACAAGGCCGCGGGCCCGGAUGGGCUGCAUUCAGCAAUACUGCGACCCAUUGAGAACAUUAUUGCAGGUGCGCUUACUCAGCUUUACAACCUAUCCCUUGACUCUGCAACGCUGCCGGCAGACUGGAUCAUGGCAGAAGUGGUGCCAAUCCCCAAGGGAGGAUCAAGGGCGAAUGCAUCCAACUAUCUUCCAGCAAUCCUGCUUUUGGUUGUCCUGAAAACCUUCGAGCGGCCUCUCAGGGAGAAGUUAGUGGGUUACUUGGACGACAAACACCUCACAGCUGGCUAA